AUGGCAACUGUGGAGUUCCAGAUCCAAAGGGGAAACAGCGACCCAAACAGCUACAAGAAUUUGACUGAUUGCUUCCGGACCAUCUUCCGCAACGAGGGAAUAUCCGGUUUCUACAAAGGGAUCCUUCCUCCGAUUGUUGCAGAGACACCAAAGAGAGCAGUCAAGUUUUUCACUUUUGAGCAAUACAAGAAGGCGCUGAGUUUGACCCCUUUGUCUGCUGGUGUGGCGCUCUCUGUAGCAGGGCUCGGCGCAGGCUUGACUGAAGCAGUUGUCGUCAAUCCAUUUGAAGUGGUGAAAGUCAGUCUCCAGGCCAACAGAGACGCCUUCAAAGAGCAACCGUCUUCCUUCGCUCAAGCAAGACGCAUAAUUAAUGCGGACGGAUUCGGACUGAGGGGCCUGAAUAAAGGACUCACAUCGACGCUGGGACGCCAUGGAGUUUUCAACAUGAUCUACUUUGGCUUCUACUUCAAUGUCAAGGAUGCUAUUCCUACCAGCCCGGACCCUACUCUGGAGUUCAUGAGGAAGUUUGCUAUCGGCCUGGUGUCUGGGACCAUCUCUUCCUGCGUGAACAUUCCCUUCGACGUAGCCAAGAGUCGCAUCCAAGGCCCCCAGCCCGUGCCCGGAGAGAUCAAGUACCGCACCUGCUUCCAGACCAUGACUCUGGUGUACCGGGAGGAGGGGUACCUGGCGCUUUACAAGGGGUUGGUGCCCAAGAUAAUGAGGCUUGGACCAGGUGGAGCAGUGAUGCUGCUGGUCUAUGAAUAUGUGUCUGGAUGGCUACAGAAGAACUGGUAACAAACCAAAAAACACAGAAAGAAACCAAAGAGAGUGCCUUAUGGGAUUGUACCUCAUUGCCAAUAUUCUUAAAUGACUCUAACGUCAGACCAAAUUUUUUUUUUUGUUAGUCUGUUACAUUGAAUACACAAUUUUGCAGAAUAAUACCAACUCUGCAUUACAAUAUAUUUUAAAAUGAAGCUUUCUGAGUAAAAACGUAAUCAUCAUCUAAGUUGCCUUCUCAGGAAUUAAAAACAGCUGCAAUACCAAUAUUGACAUUUCAAGAGGAUUUAGCAGUGAGUUUUAAAGGACCUGAACACAUAUUUUCUCAAUCAAUUUUCUACUAUAAGUCAUGGGAUCCUACAAUAAUACAAUACUUGAAAUUAGGGCUGAACGAUUAAUCGAUUUUAAAUCGAAAUCCCGAUUUGAAAUGGUGCAAUUAUCAAUGCGCAAAGCCUGCGAUUUUUUCUUCUUGUGUGUCAGUCAUCCACACCAAUCAGAAGUGCUGUGCUCCACAUGUACC